CGAACGUCUAGUGGCAGCCGGAAAAUCAAUCAACGAGGCGAGUUAGAUUUAAAAAAUUAUCAGUCCCUGACCAUAGAACAAAAUCGAAACUUCCAUACACAUUGUAAAAAAAAUAUUGAGAACAAGUUUGAAGACAUUUACAUUUCGAAACCAUUACCAUAUUGGCUGUGUAGUUAUGUGCAUACGUAUAUAUUUAUAAAUAAAUCAAAAAAAAAACAAAAAAACAACAGCAGUGACGACGGCUAUUUCUACGACGCAAUACCAAACAAUCGUCAGUCUAGGCAGCCAACGAUCGAUAUAUCGAUAGCCGACGAUCACAACUGAAACGCAUGACAAAAGGUGGCGCCGCAGUCAUAAACAGCGACAAGGACAAGAAAAGCGUAGGCCAGACAAAAUAAAAAGGCUUUUCGCUCCGUUACUGUUUAUCGGUGCGGCUGUUGUUGGUCCGGGUUACAACAACAAAUAAGUUCGAACUGCAAUUGGUAAAAUGUCUGUAAGACUGUUAACCGUGCGACUGGUUAAACAUGGUCGCUACGUUCUACGAAGCUAUUGGAAUCGUGAAAUACACUCCAACAUUUUGGAACAAAGCCAUUUAAAGACACGAAGCAAGCGAGGCUUUCCCCUAACAUCCGUCAAUGUUCUGCGGAACACAGCCGCACCACAGCCGACGGCUAAUGUGUUGCCACGUUGUUGCCCGGCGGCGGCCAGCCCAGCGAAUGGCGGACUCUUUCGGUUUGGACAGCAUGCGCGCAAGCUAUUCAUUGAUAACAUCUUGAGCCGUGUGACGACCAACUAUUCGGAGGAGCUGCGUCAGCGUGCAACACGCAAACUAUUCUACGGCGAUUCGGCGCCGUUUUUUGCACUAAUUGGCGUCAGUCUGGCCACCGGGUCGGGUGUGCUGAGUAAAGAGGAUGAGCUCGAGGGCGUUUGCUGGGAGAUACGCGAGGCGGCCAGUCGCCUGCAGGCGGCCUGGAACCAUGACGAGAUAUCCGAAACGUUGAGCAGCAAUUUCAAUAUUGAUCAUCUGGAGGUGGGUCCACCCAUUGCCAAGGGCUGUGCGGCCGUUGUUUAUGCGGCCAAUUUCAAGGAGAAUACCGCAACAGCACAAGCCAUGCCCAGCUCCGAGGAUGCAGCACGUCCGAAUGCGGCUGGCAAAAUGCCAAUUAACAAAUCGACCAUAUGGAAUCAUCACGAGCUAAUGUCACCGCUGCAAAAUAUGUCGCGUUUUGUGCACAACUUUGGCGGCUCCGUUGAUAACAUCUACAGCUACAGUCAGCCAACGGCUGCCGCCGCCUUUGUCGAUGGACUGGCAACUGGCGGACAAACGGGUCAGCCAAAGGAGGAGCAUCGAACGGCAUCUAGCAGCGACUACACGCAGGAGCAGGAGCACGAGCAGCAGCUGCAUGCUGCGGCCGCAUGUAGCUCCAUUGAGCGCUAUCCCCUUGCCCUAAAGAUGAUGUUCAACUAUGAUAUACAGAGCAAUGCGUUGUCCAUAUUGCGCGCCAUGUACAAGGAGACGGUGCCGGCGCGUCAGCGACGGAUGAAUGCCAGCGCCGAGGAAUGGGAACGCCUGCUGCAGCAUCAGACAUUGACGCUGCCGCCCCAUCCGAAUGUUGUCUGUAUGUUUGGCUUCUUUUGCGAUGAGGUGCGCAAUUUUACCGAUGGUCAUCUGCUCUAUCCGAUUGCCCAGCCGCAGCGCAUCAAUCCGCAGGGCUAUGGUCGUAAUAUGUCGCUAUAUUUGCUAAUGAAACGUUACGAUUAUAGUCUGCGCGGCCUGCUGGAUGCCAAUGAGCUAAGCUCUCGGACCAAAAUCCUGCUCCUGGCCCAAAUGCUGGAGGCGGUCACGCAUCUCAGUCGGCACGGUGUCGCGCAUCGUGAUCUGAAAUCGGACAAUGUGCUUAUUGAACUGCAGCCGAAUGAUCAGUCGCCGCUGUUGGUGCUAUCCGAUUUUGGCUGCUGCCUGGCGGACAAGGUCCAUGGCCUGCGUCUGCCCUAUGCCGCCAAUGAUAUUGAUAAGGGCGGCAAUGCGGCAUUAAUGGCGCCUGAGAUCUUUAAUACACAGCCCGGUCCGUUUGCCGUGCUCAACUAUAGCAAAGCGGAUCUGUGGGCGUGCGGUGCAUUGGCCUACGAGAUCUUUGGCCAGCCGAAUCCCUUCUAUUCGGCCAGCGGCGGCAUGGCGCGUGCCCAGGGUGAGCUCACCUAUUCGUUGAGGAACAACGAUUAUCGGCACGAGCAGCUGCCGCCACUGUGCGACACGUGUCCGCCGCUGUUGCAGCAGCUCAUCUACAAUAUACUUAAUCCAAAUCCAUCGAAGCGUGUCAGUCCCGAUAUUGCGGCCAAUGUGCUGCAGCUCUUCCUUUGGGCGCCAUCCAAAUGGCUCAAGGCUGGCGGCAUGCCCAACAGUCCCGAGAUCCUGCAGUGGCUUCUCUCGCUGACCACCAAGAUCAUGUGCGAGGGCCGUCCACAGCCAGGCGGCAAUGCCAACAGCUGCCAGCCGGGCGGACGGCAUGCCUACGUUGAGUAUUUGCUCAUCUGCAGCUUUCUGGUGCGGGCGCGCCUGCGUCGCAUCCGAGGCGCCUUGAAUUGGAUACAGAAUGUGGUCGCCGCGUAGACCACGAGAAUGUUAGGAGUGGACACUUUUGGAGGGGCGUUUGGGCGUUGUUUACAUCUUGUUAUUCUGAGAAGUGAAAGAAAUGAAAAUAGAUUAAAGCGUGUGAUAACUAAAA